GCACCGCGCUGGGAGUCGGCGCCACAAGUGUGUGUGUGUGUGUGAAGCAAUGUUCCGAGCUGCAUUUGAACGCAGCGCCACGCCGAGACGCCCUCACCUGGUCGACCAACGCAGGUAACACACAGAAGAGGACAACAAACGGGACGCACCGGUUCCAGUGACGUCAUCUCCCCGUCGCGGUGCGCUCGUGGAAGAAGCCUCGACUCUUCAGCCCGGUGGGUGUUUCUUCUUCUCCUCCUUCUUCUUCUUGUUGUUAUCGAGGUUGUCCCUGAGGAGGAGAGGCGGCUGUCGGACCCUGAACGCAUCUUCCCAGGGUGAGUGAAAACAACGCGGGGAGCCGAAAGAAACAUCAAGUCAACGUUGAACAACCGAAACGUCAACAAGGGCAGACAUGGAUCGAUACGCGGAUCUGGAUCUGGACUGUGACGAAGGGGGCGUGGCUAACCCUGGACUGUCUGUCAGCAGUGACGACUUGACGGAGAGCCAGUCCUCCAAGGCCGGCGUGUUGUCCGGGCGUCUGCAGCGCCCCUCCCCAGGCCGUGAGCGCAGGUCGUCUCAGGAUCUCCUGGACGCUGAGUUCAGGGCCAGCACCGACGGUCACACAGCGAAGGAGAAGGGAGGGGUGUUCAGCGGCAUGUUCAAAAAGAAGCCUCACGGAGCCAGGUCGCAGGAGGACGUGUCCGCCGCCGAGCUCUCGGGCAGCAAAGACAGCCUCUCCGUAAACGAGAGCGGCGGGGUGUUCGGCGGGAUGUUUAGGAAGUCCCCGAAGGCUUACGGGGCGAGGACGCAGUCCCAGGAGGACGUGUCCGCCGCCGGAGAGCCCUCAGGCAGCGCCGACAGCCGGUCCCUGAACAGCAACCCCAAGGAGAGCGGCGGGGGGUUCGGCGGGAUGUUUAGGAAGUCCCCGAAGGCUUACGGGGCGAGGACGCAGUCCCAGGAGGAUUUAUCCGCCGAGCUCUCGAGCAGCAAAGACAGCCUCUCCGUGACGAGCAACACCAAGGAGAGCGGCGGGGUGUUCGGCGGGAUGUUUAGGAAGACCCCGAAGGCUUUGGGAGCGAGGACGCAGUCCCAGGACGGCCUGUCUGAAGCCGGCGAGCCCUCGGGGAGCGAUGGCGAUCCGUCCGAGGGCGCCAAGGAGAAAGGAGGACUCUUUGGGGGCGUGUUCAAAAAGAAAGGUGCUCGACAUCAGUCUCAGGACGAUCUGUCCGCGGACAGUAAACUCUCCACCGACCGCCUCGCGGACAAGUCCUCCAAGGAGAAGAUCUCUGACAGCGACGAGCUCCCGGACGAUGGAGAGAGCCGGCCCGGACACAAACAGAGUACGUUUGCCGAGGCGAUGGGGAAGAUGAACCCGUUCCGAUCAAACAAACACGAGAAGCAGACGAGCUCCGACGAUGAGGAUCCGCCCGGCAACAAGACGGUCCUCGUUCAGAAAGACGCCGAAGACACGGAAACUAUCAGGGACAACGAGAAGCCCCACCCGAGACAGAGGAAGGACAGAAGUGAAACUCCAGUGGUUCCAUCCAGACCAACCGAAGAGGACAUGAAGAGGACGUCCACACACGGAGGAGCUGUGGACAACCCGAGACGACCGUCCGGCUCCAACGAGGGGAAGCCUGCAGGGAGGACAGCGGUCGGGGCGAUCAAGCCGAGGCGUCUCAACCCGUUCACGCCGCGCUCCGAGGCUCCGUCUGGUGAUGAAGGGCUGGAAGGAGGAGAAGAGGAAGAGGAGGAGGAUCCUUCUUCUAAAGAGGAAAAGAAAGAUGAAGACAAAACCCAGUCCAGGGAGGUGAAGAAGCCCCGGAGGCUGAACCCCUUCAUGCCGCGCAACAACAAGGCCAAAAAUACACAGAGGAACAAACAGGAGGGAGCAGCAGGCCACCAGACGGAGAGCGAGCGGUCCCUGUUCGACCGUCUGGAGGACUUCCGCAUCGACCCGUUGCGCCCUGAGGACAGACAGGAUGUGGAGAACCUCAUGGCGUGGUGGGACAACGUGGAGUCGUGGGAGGACACGCCUCAAGAAGAGGACAUGACGGAGAAAGAAGAGGCCAAGCCUCUAGUCUUCCUCUAGCAGCUGCUGAGGCAAACUGACUGUGUGGGUUUUCUUCAUGAACUGGGCCGUGAUGAGAGGGACGGCGGG